AUGAUUUUGGGACGUCAACAUCGUAGGCUGGCAGUCAUGUCUAAUUGUAUUCGGAUUUGUAGAUGCUUGAAAACAUACCCAUCUACCAUUCGACAAUGCGGCGCUGGAAGAUCCUACAGUCAACUAUCUAGUAUGCAAUUGGACCUGAAACGAGCACUGCAAUCGGCUGAUUCGCAAUCGGUAAACGGAUCGUCGUUUGCUGAUAGAUCACAACUGAAGUAUGCAAGACGACUGGUGAUAAAAUUGGGCAGUGCCGUCAUCACGAGAGAAGACGAACACGGAAUUGCCCUAGGUCGAUUGGCAUCAAUUGUUGAACAAGUUGCCGAGUGUCACCAGGAGGGUCGUGAAUGUAUUAUGGUCACCAGUGGAGCAGUGGCAUUUGGAAAACAAAAGUUGACCCACGAAUUAUUAAUGUCAUUGAGUAUGCGAGAGACACUGUCGCCCAAUGACCAUGCUAGAAAAGAUGUUAGGACAUUGCUCAAGGCUAGGGCUGCAGCGGCUGUGGGUCAAUCCGGGCUCAUGUCUUUGUACGAUGCCAUGUUUUCACAGUACGGUGUUAAGAUCGCUCAGGUCCUAGUCACCAAGCCCGAUUUCUAUAACGACGAGACACGCAAAAACCUAUUCAGCACGUUAUCAGAACUAAUCAGUAUGAAUAUCGUGCCUAUUAUCAAUACAAAUGACGCAGUGACACCUCCGCCACAGGACGACGACCUCAUCAAAUCUAAAGGAAAGAAGGUUAUCAGCAUCAAGGAUAAUGACAGUUUGGCCGCUAUGUUAGCUGCUGAAGUCAGUGCAGACUUACUAAUUUUGAUGUCGGACGUGGACGGUAUCUUCACUCGACCACCAAAACAGGAAGGGGCGAAAAUGAUUUGGACAUACAACAGCGAUAUGGCGGACGUAAUACAGUUCGGCAAAAAGUCAACUGUCGGUACAGGGGGCAUGGAUUCCAAGGUACAAGCGGCCACGUGGGCUUUAAACAGAGGAGUUUCUGUAGUUAUCUGUAAUGGCAUGCAAGAAAAAGCUAUUAAGUCGAUUGUGCUCGGCAGAAAAAUCGGAACAUUUUUCACCAAUGCCCCAACUGCUAAUGCCACUCCAGUUGAAACACUAGCUGAAAAUGCACGUUACGGGAGUCGUAUCUUGCAAAAGUUACCAGCUGUAGACCGUGCAAGUGCAAUAUAUGCAUUAGCUGAGUUGUUAAUAAGCAAACAGGCCACUAUUUUGGACGCAAAUGAAAAAGAUAUAGCAAUAGCUACCAAGGAAGGCACAGCUGCUCCUUUGAUCAGCCGAUUAUCUCUGACACCAGCUAAACUUAAGAGCCUGGCCAUAGGUCUUAAACAAAUUGCCGAGACUAGUCACACAAAUGUUGGCAAGGUGUUAAAGAGGACCAAGAUUUCAGAGAAUUUAGAUUUAACUCAAGUCACAGUUCCCAUUGGUGUUCUUCUUGUCAUUUUUGAAUCUCGGCCUGAUUGUUUGCCUCAGGUAGCUGCUUUGGCGCUGAGCUCGGCAAAUGGACUUUUAUUGAAAGGAGGCAAAGAGGCGUCGCACAGCAACAAAGCACUCAUGGAUGUAGUCAAAGAGGCAUUGGCCACGGUCGGUGCCCAGGACGCCAUAUCGUUGGUGUCGACUCGGGAAGAGAUCAGCGAUUUAUUAGCCAUGGAGAACCACAUCGAUCUUAUUAUUCCCCGUGGAUCUAGUGAUUUAGUCCGUAGUAUUCAGGAUCAAUGUGCGCACAUCCCCGUAUUAGGACAUGCCGAAGGAAUAUGCCACGUAUACGUAGACAAGGAUGCCAACUUGGAUAAAGCUCUGACUAUAGUUCGUGACUCCAAGUGCGAUUACCCAGCCGCAUGCAACGCAAUGGAAACACUCCUAAUCCACGAAGAUUUGUUCGGAGGACCGUUUUUCAAUGAAGUCUGUGAUAUGUUAAAGAAAGAAAACGUAAGCUCAAAAUAA